GGAUGCAUCCGGAUUGCCGGCUGGUGCGUAGGAGCCGUGGGGUAUGGUGAGCAGCCUGGAGCGACCGCUCCCCACGGGGACCCGGCAGGCGGUGGCCUCCCUCUUGCUGCUUCUGCUGCUCCGGCGGGACGCGGCCGCUCAGAAAGGUGAUGGAUGUGGACAUACUGUUUUAGGUCCUGAAAGUGGAACUUUUGCAUCAAUUAACUACCCGCAUCCCUAUCCCAACAUCACAGUGUGUGAAUGGGAGAUUCGAGUGAAGCCUGAGCAGAGAGUUCAGCUCAAAUUUGGGGAUUUUGAUAUUGAUAAUUCAGAUGCGUGUCAUUCUAGUUAUGUGAGAGUUUAUAAUGGAAUUGGACCCACAAGGACAGAGAUCGGAAAAUACUGUGGUUUAGGACUACAGAUGGACAAUUUAAAUGAAUCAAAGGGUAAUGAAAUUACAGUGCAAUUCAUGAGCGGCACACAGUUUUAUGGACAUGGAUUUCUUGCAUCCUAUUCAACCACAGACAAACCAGAUUUAAUAACAUGUUUAGACACAGCAAGUCACUUUAGUGAACCAGAAUUCAGUAAAUAUUGUCCAGCUGGAUGUGUGCUUCCUUUUGUUGAAAUUUCUGGGACUGUUCCUCAUGGCUAUAGAGAUUCAUCUUCACUUUGCAUGGCUGGUGUGCAUGCAGGAGUGGUGUCCAAUGUUUUGGGAGGUCAGAUCAAUGUUGUAAUCAGCAAAGGCAUUCCUUUUUAUGAAAGUUCUCUGGCUAACAAUGUUACAUCAAAAGUAGGACCACUGUCUUCCGGGCUCUUCACUUUCAAAACUAGUGGUUGCUAUGGGACAUUGGGAAUGGAGACUGGAGUAAUUGCUGAUUUGCAGAUUAAUGCAUCAUCAUUUCUAGAAUGGCCUGAGCAACUGGGACAGCCAAGCACCUGGAAGCCAGAAAGAGCCAGGUUGAAAAGGCCUGGACAUUCUUGGGCAGCUUUAACCAAUGAUGAAUAUCAGUGGUUGCAAAUAGAUCUAAAUAAAGAGCAGCGAAUAACAGGCAUCAUAACUACUGGCUCCACUUUAGCAGAGUACCAUUAUUAUGUCUCUGCCUAUAGGAUUCUUUACAGCAAUGAUGCACAGAAAUGGACAGUAUAUAGAGAACCUGGUGUUGAGAAGGAUAAGGUAUUUCAAGGCAACACUGGAUAUUAUCAAGAGGUUCGCAAUAACUUCAUUCCACCCAUAAUUGCUCGUUUUAUUAGAAUAAACCCUUUGAAGUGGCACCAGAAAAUUGCAAUGAAAGUUGAAUUGCUAGGAUGUCAGUUUAGCAUUGUUCGAGCUCCAAAACCUACAGUACCCCCACAGUCCACGAACAGCAAUGAUUUCCCCCUGCAAACUGAUAAGACAACCUUCAUUCCCAAGAUCAAGAACACGACAGUAACUCCAAGUGUAACCAAAGAUGUGGCAUUGGUAGCUGUUCUGGUUCCUGUGUUGGUCAUGGUCUUUACCACCCUCAUCUUGAUCUUAGUUUGUGCCUGGCACUGGAGAAACAGAAGGAGAAAAACAGAAGGAACUUAUGACAUGUCUUAUUGGGACCGUGCAGGUUGGUGGAAAGGAAUGAAGCAGUUUCUUCCUGCCAAGACUGCAGAGCAUGAAGAAGCACCUGUUCGUUAUAGUAGCAGUGAAGUUAGUUGCCUUAGAUCAAGGGAAGUUACAACUGUGUUGCAAACUCAGUCCACAGAGUAUGCACAACCACUUGUGGGAGGAAUUGUUGGUACACUUCAUCAGAGGUCAACCUUUAAACCAGAAGAUGGAAAAGAAACAAACUAUGCAGAUACAGAUCCUUACAACUUGCCAGAAAAAGAAAUUUAUCAUGCCUACGCUGAGCCCUUACCAGUAACUGGACCAGAAUAUGCAACACCAAUAGUGAUGGAUAUAUCAGGUCAUCCUGCAGCAGCUCCUUCAGGCAUUUCUUCAGUUUCUACUUUCAAGUCUUCAGGGAAUCAAGCCCCUCCUACAGUGGGAGCUCACAACAAACUUGUCUCCAGGGCAGAUGGUUCAUCACCCACUCAUGUACUCUAUGAUACACCCAAGGGGAUGCCAGGACUCAAUCCUUCAGAUGAGUUGGUAUACCAGGUACCACAGAACAUGUUACACUCAACAGGAGGUAAAGAAGAAGUAAGUUAGGGAAGAUGGCUUUGAGAAACUCUGUUAAGGUGCAAUCCUGUGCAAGUAGAGAUAGAAAAAGGCUUUUUUCUAUCUAAACUUUCAUAGGAUAGCUCCAUUUGAGAUAAUUUUUAAAGUUAUCCUUUGGUGAUAACUUGGUUUUUUUAAUUAUUAAAGAAUAUGAGACUCCAGACCCAGAAAAUGAGUUGGAUCAUCCUUUUUGAAAUUCUAUACACAACUACUGCUUUCCCAUUAAUAAAAUGAUACUCUUUUUGUUCACUACUGAUAAGCAAUGUGCGAGAAGUAUAAACAUGCCUAAUCACUAUGGAUACAGAAAUAAUUGGACUAUGUAUGUCUUAAGUGCCAAGAAAAAGAAAGAUACUAUUCUGGAGAAAGAAAAAAGCUUUUAAGUCAUAGACCUCGUACUAGAAUUUCAAAUUCAUUUUUAAAUAGACCCAUUUACUCAUUCAUGAAGCUACACAUAAAAAUAUGAAGCUAAUUAUUAUACUUCCUAUAAGAGGGAAUAAGAUGUUUUCAUUUUUCAAUUUAUUUAUUUAAAAUAAAUGAAACUUUCAUCUAUGGUUUUGUUAAUAAAAUUAGUAACUUAGAAUAGAGGUGGGCAACUCUGGCAAGGUGGGACCAUUUUUGUCCCUCCAAACCUACCUUUCUUUCGCCUGGUGCUGCAAGGGUACAAGGUAAAAUCUGACUCUUUCUACCAAAAUUCAGCACUAAAGUGCUGUGAUGUGCUAAAAGGGUCUAAUUUAACCAAUUGGAGAAAAGAAACAUGAAGGUAAGGCCCAGCUCUUUCAAAAUAUAGCAAUCCCACCUACCUAGUCCAGAUUCUGAGCAAAAAGAGGAGUUCAUUGGCAGAUAGCCCUGAACUGUAAGGUUACCAAUUUCUCAGACAGCAGCUGUAUUCACACAUAACAAGAAGUCAUGGCAGAAAUGACCUGCUAUGUGUGAAUACCAGAAGCAGGGUGAUAAUGUGGCAUGUUUCGUUAUCACAAGUCACAACAGUGAAUCAACAGUCAAAGUUUCCAAAUUUCACCAUUACUUCUCAUUAUGUGUAAAGCUGGUUACAGUGUUUUCCCAUGGUUUCUCCAUUUGGGCCAGCAAUUUGGCAGCAAGAACAGCCAUUACUGAUAAGACUGAAAUUAUUUAAACAAUUUUUAUAAGAAGGAAGAAAUAAAUUUGAUUACAUAUACAUGAAUAGCAUGUGUAUGCAUGUGAGGGUUUUCGUGCAUGCAUCUUGCUUGGAUUUUCCAAGUUAGUUUUAGGUAUUUAUAUGCCUUAAGAAAAGCAUGUACAUCUUUACACUCCUGAGCCUUCAAAACAUGAAAUUGGCUUACUGUUAGGUUAAAAUGUUAGCAACAACUUGGCAUUUAACGUAUUAUGAGAUUCUUCAAGAUUAUUGUUCUGACCUCCAGAUGCUACAGAUCCAAAGUUAUCAAUAGCAUUUUACUUUAGAAUUAAAGGUACUAAACUUUCCAGCUCAAAAAUAAUUUUUCCAAGAUUUAUAUACUUGAAAUAAUUAGGGCACAAUCUUAUCACCCCCCCCCCCCCGGGCUGAUGCUUGGAAGUCUCCAAACUUGGAAGCAGCCUCUGCCACCACUGCAGCUGCAUCUUAUCUAGAAAGUCAUUUUGGUCUGUCUUGAUGUAGGGCUGGGGAGGGAAGGACAGCUGGGCUGCAGAUUUGAAAUUAAACAGUUCCACAGCCCUAGUCUUUUUCACUGCUGCCUUCCCCAAUA